AUGGCUUUGGCGGUCGACGCCGCUCCUCCCGCGCGCUGGGCGUUCCUGUACCCGUGGUGUCGAGUCCUGCGAGGCAAGUUGCACCUGGAAGGCCGGACGGCUGAAAACUCGGCGCGGUGGGAGUAUCACUGGGUGGCGGUGAGGCUGCCGCAUGCCCCGGACCAAGCGGAUUCGCGAGCGCUCCGACGGAUUCGGGAGGCGCUGGAUUUGCUCGCGCGCGUGGCGUUGAUCGAUAACGCGGCGUGGAGAGCUCUCUUGGUGCAGCAGUGUCGUGUUCCAAGGGAUGAAGACGACCAACCGCUGGACUGUGAGCUGCACCCGCGGUUCCGCUUCGUGUUCAAUGAAAAGUUCGUGGAGCCAGGAGCUUUGUCGCCUGCAGCGGUUUGCAAGGGAUUUUUCGUGGCUGCAAGCACACAACGUGAGAGUGGCGACUACUUGGAAGCGAGGCGAGCUUUGGCGGAGGUGGAGGGAGCGCAGACUCGGAAGGGGUUUGACGUAGAGACUGCGAUCCCGUUUGAGCUGCAGUUCGAGCUCGUGACGCUGCCCGAUGACACGCUGGAGGCGCAUCUACGCGACUUAAAUACAGUGCUGGGGGUUAUGCAAGCUCAGCAAAGGCGUGGGGUUGCUGCGGGGGACUUGCUGCCUUUGAAGCUGGAGUCGAUUCGUCUCGAUGUUGGAGGAGUCAACAUGUCGUGGUCGCUGACCCAGAGACUGACGAGUUUGCUGAGCUCAGGACCGCCAUUUUCGUUGUUUGCGUUCUCCCUGAAGAAGCCCACCGAGCAGAACUACGAGGAAAUGCAAGAAUGUGUUGGCCGCUUCUUGCGGACGGUGGUGUGUGGGCAAGAAGCGAAGGAGGGGGGCGUUGAGACGCUCUCCGUUGGCUGCCAUGACUGUGACGAGUGGCAGUUCGCUGCUUUGUGCUCUGCGAUCGGCUCUGCGUCCGUGACCAAGCACCUUCGCUUGUAUGGCGUGUUCGGCAUGUCCGACAGCGCUGAGGUGAGAAGGUGGAAAUGGCAGUGGCUGGCAUACGCGCUGUUCAGGACGUCGACAGAUUCAUCGGUGGGGAGAGCUCUUAUCACAGCGGCCCAGCUAACUCGCGAGGAUGUGUUGGCUAUCGCUGUAACAAUCCACUCGAACUCUCCGCCUACCACAGUAUCGGCAGAGGUCGUGCGCGAGGAGAACCUGCUACAUCUCGGUGACUGGAGGCACGAUACCUACGGGCAGUUCUCAGAAGGCACGGAGCUCACACUUCUCGACCCAGUUCAAACAACCGAGCGCAGAUCAUCACCCAUUCUGCUAGAAGCAGACUCGUGGCUCCACAUUGUGAACGACGACGGUGACCACUUCGACCGGCGCCAGCACCUUUCAACGGGCAUUUCACCUUCUGGAUUGAAGGUGUUGACGCUCGCUCUUGCUGUCGUCUCUGGUCACGAUGGCGGCGAUGUGCUCGCCGACUUCCUGCAGCUCAUUGGGACGCUGUUGCUAUCGCUCGCUCUGUACGCAAUCGGUUCGUAUCCGAUCAGCAUGGCGUCUAUCGGCCAGGCGUGUCCACAGCUAACGGAUCUCUUCCUCGAAGGCGUCGAGCUGUUGAACCCCAGCGACUUCUGUCUCGACGUCGAGCGCUCCAAGUGCCACCUCAAGUGUCUGGGGCUUGUGAACGUCUUCCGCAGCAACGACCAGAUCACGCGACUGGCGCAAACCCUCGCGUCUCCAAGCAGCCGCAUCGCUCGAUACCUAACAGAACUCGGAGUAUCUGGAUCGGACACGUCGUGCUGCAUCGACCAAGCCAACCCAACCGCAAGCUCGCGUACCUCAGUCUCGGGAUGA